UUGACGACGACCUAGAUGUAUGCGCCUUGACAAUACUUAAUCGGCUAUUCUCCAACAUAGACCAAUCACAUUGGCGUCCCUCCCCCGCUUUCUCAUACACCGCACCGCGGUUCACUCACCACCAUCAUCACUUAGACCUAUUCAUACUAGACACAUAACCAUGGCUUCAGCUGCAGCGACCCUGGAGGUCAUCGACCUACCCCCUCUGCCGCCAGCGAGGGAGGUACCGCUCACUUGGUCAGACUCGAUCCAUUCCUGGUGGGCGAGCACAGUCCAGUUUGAGAAGGAGAGUGUGGACAGCGAGGAGAGGCUUCUUCGUCGACUCCCCUCUUUCCUCCCUUCAGGGAUAGCCAAUCCCUCCACCAACCCUCGCGUCAUCUCCCGGAUCACCUCCGUCCCCCUUCCCACACCUUCACACACAUUCAUCAACAUGCUUUCCAUACUCCCCUCCACUCCGGUAGCCGACGCGCCGGAGCCCACCGUUCUUCUGCACGGGUACGCCGCUGGCCUAGGAUUCUAUUUCCAGAACCUGCCCUUUCUCGCCAAUGAAUGGGUUGCUAAGCGUGGAGGGAGUUUGUACGCACUUGACUGGCUAGGCAUGGGCCGAAGCGCCCGUGUACCAUUCAAGAUCCGGAGCAAGGGCGUGCUGGCUAAGGUACUCGAGGCGGAGAGCUUCUUUGUCGACUCUCUUGAGGAGUGGAGAAAGGUACAGAAGAUCGACAAGAUGGCGCUUGUUGGGCACUCCCUUGGCGGGUACUUGUCCGUUGCAUAUACUCUCAAGUACCCACAACAUGUAUCCAGACUUGUGCUCCUGUCCCCUGCUGGUGUGCCGACAUCGGACUUCUCGCUUGACCCCUCGGCCGACCCAGCUGACGGAAAGACUAACAGCCACCCCAAGCAUCCCACAUCCGAAACCCCGAAGGCCCCCAAGGACGAUCGACCCCAGCAGAGGACCAUGCUGCGUACGGUCUUCCGUUAUCUGUGGGAGUCCGGCAUUUCUCCAUUCACGAUCCUCCGCAUGUCGUCCUUCUACGGUCCACUGCUGGUCAGCAAGUACUCUACGCGUCGAUUCCCUCAUCUCUCUCCAGACGACAUCCGCGACAUGCACAACUACAUGUACCAUAUUUCCCGUGCGCGGGGCAGUGGCGAGUUCUGCAUCUCGCACAUCCUCGCUCCGGGCGCAUACGCCUACUACCCGAUCGUGAACCGCAUACGGGACAUCCGAGUGCCAGUCGCAUUCGUCUACGGGGACCAUGAUUGGAUGGACCCAGCCGGUGGGCUAGGCUCAGUCGAACGACUCCGGGAAGCAGGGAAUGACCAGGCGAGGAUGUACAUCAUCCAGAAUGCGGGGCAUCAUGUGUAUCUGGACAACGCGGACGCAGUGAACCAGCUUAUGGUGGAUGAGCUCUUGGGGAAGCCGUAUGAGGGUAAGGGCAGGCUUGCAUGAGCCUCUUGGUAGGGGGGGUAUCUUUAUUCACAUCAUGUUAUCCCGAUAUAUCACAAUUGUAUUCCAUAGACUAUAGAC